AUGCACAUCACAGCGGUGCUGAAAACCACGAGAGAGGCCAGCCAGGUAUUACACGGUAAGCUCGCACUCAAAAUCCGAUUUCGUUUAACUUUCCAAUUGGAGUACUUACGUAGAGAUAUACCUCACCAGUCCAUUGUGAAAUAACUGUGUUAUUUACAUCUGGACUUUUGCAGGUUUUAUACUCAUUAACAGAGAUUGAGAUGCCUCGAGCUUUUCUUGUGAGGAGUAAUCAGAUCAAAGAGGAGACUGGCGUUGCAGCGGAAAACAGUCGCAGUAAGUUUUUUUUUAUUGAAUGUAUAGUUGUGAAUUGAAUGGAGAAGUGGUCUAGGAUUUUUUUGGUCUCUUAAUGCGAUUGCUUUUGUACCCAUCCCAUAUGGCUGUCUCUACUUAACUGGAAAUUUUGCAUGGUAUGAUAUUACACUCUUUUUACUAUUUUAUUUCAGUUUAACUGAAUAAUAGUAUGUUCUGGACAACGUUUGCGCAACAGUGGGUAAAUUUUAAGACAGGCUCGAAAUAGCUGGAACCGCUUUAAAAACCCAAAUGGUGUUAAGAAACAUAUACAUAGCUUUUAGUCUUUUUAUACACUGAUUUGGACGCAAAGUCAAAUAAGAUUGAUAAAAUUUAGCCGGUUUUUUUGUGCCGAUGUACCACCAAAAAACUUAGUAUUUGCUAAUAUUCAAGCAAAAACGAAAUUCAUCAAAAAUUCGAUAGAAUUUCAUCCGAGUUAUUUUAUUUUCUCGAUGCUUGUUAUCGAUACUGCUUCCUUUUAAAAUCUAAACUAAUUGAGCACGUCUCUUUUUUCAACCUCGUAACGAACAAUCUGAUUUUGCAAUCUCUUGAAUCAAGUACUUAUUACACUAAUUACUUAACCAAUGUGGGGUUUUAUUUUAAUUCCGCCGCGUUCUGAUCUGCCGCAACUAAUUAAUGCAGAGAAGGGGCUAAAAAUUCCACGCUUCUUACAUUUUAAGAUUUAUUGCGAAAUUCCUUAAACGUGUAAAGCUUUUUUGCUACCACAAUGUUGUAAUAAUAUUCGCCUACGAAAUAUUUUUUUUUUCCUACUUUCUCAUUUUUCCAACCCCUCAUCAUUUCUAUUUUUAUCAGCAGACAAUUCGAACCCUGAUGAAUCAAUGGCGGCAAAGAAAAUGCAACCGGUUAUUCACAGAUCAGCGUUUUCUAUUGUUCAGCGAGGCUCUAUGUACCAUCGUGAGCCAGCCGCGUCAAGUUACUUCUACCCGUCAUUACAUCUACCAUAUCACAGUCAUAGGACAGAGUUCCAAAGUCUACCAGGGACGUCAGUCAAAUCACUUGCCUUGCCGCAUCUAAAAGCACCACGCUUUGCUUGUCACCACCCCCGUGCGUCCGUCAUUUGUCACACUGUUGACCCUGUUUUCAAACCGAUGUUCCCUAGAAGAGAUGCCAUUCAACCAUCCUUGUUUGACCACAAUGGCAUUUUCCUCCGUGAAAAGUUUGAACGUGAGAAAGCUUCAAUAGUGAAACAAGAAAACAACGAGAUACUUCAACGUUGGUUCCAAGAUACGCCAAAUGCAAAUGAGGAUAGCCAAUCAGCGGCUGCCUUCAACCAGGCCCUGUUUUUUUCAUACGGUAAAGAGUCGGAGACUGGGCUCAACAUCUCGGCCAUGCACUGGAAUACCAGGCCUCCACUGUGCGACUCAUUUACAGAAAGUAUGGCAAAGGGGCCACGAGAUGUCCAAAAGAGGGAAGAAAGUGUUCAAGAUACAGGAAAUUGGUCUUUUCCUCGUAAUGUUACUGAGGCGGAGGAUUCAAACGAGAUUCCGCUUGAAGGAGAGUGGACCGAUGGACUGGAUGCCAAAAAAGUUAACACUUGUGAUGAAGGAGCAGUGGAUUCAACAGACAUCGCUAAUUCCCCCGACACUGCAGCUGUUAGCGAACAGCAACGCAUGAUGGCGUAUGAAAACAGCCAUGCUAAAAAGCCCAGGUCCAAGCAUAGAUGUGACGAGUGUGGUAGAACAUUCACUCGCUCCAGUACUCUCGUAACGCACAAACGAAUUCACACUGGAGACAAGCCUUACGUCUGCAAACAGUGCGACCGCGCCUUUAGACAGCUUGGUAACCUGACUCGUCACCAGCUUACUCACACAACGUCAAAGCCAUACAUCUGUCAACAGUGCAACAAAGCAUUUAACCGCGCUUCUAACCUUCACACCCACAUGCGCACACAUUCCGACUACAAGCCAUUUAGCUGCGAAUUCUGCGGCAAGCGGUUCCACCAGAAAGUUGACAUGAAGAUCCACCGCUACACGCACACGGGAGAAAAGCCCCACAAGUGCCAGAAAUGUGGGCGAGGAUUCAAGCAGCUGACCCAUUUAACCUACCACAUGAGAACACAUUCUGACGUGCGCAUGUACAAGUGUGAGUUUUGUGGCAAGGGCUUUAAUCAGAAGGGAAACCUGAAGGCGCACGUGUACCGUCACACGGGAGAGAGACCAUUCACGUGUGAUAUCUGCGGCAAGGGUUUUACACUGGCUUCAACUUUGAACACACACAAGAGAACACAUGCGCCACACAAGCCAUUUCAGUGUCAGUACUGUGAGAAGGCUUUUUAUCAGAAGAAUGCCCUUAAAUCUCAUUACAUCGCCUCUCAUCCUUUCACAGGAGGCGUAUCUCUGUUGUGA